UCAUCGUUCGGUCUAUUAUUAGAGUCAUCGGAGUCAUCGCCAAUAAACGUCAAAGAUUUAAGACUUUUCUGUGAAUCGUGUAGACACAUCCAACGUUCGCCACGUUGUUUUUAACACCGAUCGUCGUGAAGAAAAUAAAAAUAUAAAGAAAAAUGGUUCUCGAUAUCGACUUGUUCCGGUCCGACAAAGGUUUCGAUCCGGCCAAAGUGAUCGAAAAUCAAAAGCUUCGAUUCAAGGAUGUCGGUCUGGUGGAAUCGGUUAUGGCCCAAGAUGCUGAAUGGAGAAAUUGUCGUCACAAAGCGGAUAACUGGAACAAGCUGAAGAAUCUGUGUAGCAAAGAAAUUGGCGAGAAAAUGAAGAAGAAGGAACUGCCAGGCGACGAAAAUCCAGAUGUACCGGCUGAUAUUGCCAACAAUUUGGGUGACAUCAAAUCCGACCAAUUGAAACCGUUGACGGUGAAUCAAAUAAAGAAAGUGAGGACGAUGAUCGAUCUGGCAUUGGCUGAAAAUGAAAAGAAUUUGCAAGCGUGCGAUGUGAACCGAAAUACAGCAUUGCGAGAGGUCGGUAAUCAUUUGCAUGCAAGUGUCCCAGUUAGUAAUGAUGAAGACGAGAACAAAGUGGAACGCACAUUCGGCGAUUGUACGACCAAGGGCAAAUACUCUCAUGUUGAUUUGAUACACAUGAUCGAUGGUAUGAAUGGCGACAAGGGUGCUGUUGUUUCUGGAGGACGAGGUUAUUUCUUAACUGGUCCAGCCGUGUUCCUUGAGCAUGCCUUAAUUCAAUACGCUCUACAUUCUUUGCAUAAGAAGGGCUACAAACCGCUCUACACGCCAUUCUUCAUGCGGAAGGAGGUGAUGCAAGAAGUGGCUCAACUUUCGCAAUUCGACGACGAAUUGUACAAAGUGGUUGGCAAGGGCAGCGAUCGAACAGAUGAAAGUGGUGCCGUCGCCGAUGAGAAAUAUCUUAUUGCUACCUCUGAACAACCCAUUGCAGCAUACCAUCGAGAUGAGUGGAUAUCAGAAUCAGCACUCCCUAUCAAAUACGCUGGAAUCUCAACAUGUUUCCGACAGGAAGUCGGUUCACAUGGUCGUGAUACCCGUGGCAUUUUCCGAGUCCAUCAAUUCGAAAAAGUCGAACAAUUCGUACUCACCUCCCCGCACGACAACAAAUCCUGGGAAAUGAUGGACGAAAUGAUUGGCAACGCUGAAAAGUUUUGCCAAGACCUAGGCAUUCCAUACCGAAUCGUAAACAUUGUAUCGGGUGCCCUCAAUCAUGCUGCCUCAAAGAAAUUGGACUUGGAAGCUUGGUUCGCUGGAUCGGGUGCAUUUAGAGAAUUAGUUUCUUGUAGUAACUGUUUGGACUAUCAAGCACGACGGCUACUUGUGCGUUACGGACAAACAAAGAAAAUGAAUGCGAAAAUCGAUUACGUUCAUAUGCUGAACGCUACCAUGUGUGCUGCCACUCGAGUUAUUUGCGCAAUUUUGGAAACGCACCAAACUGAGACAGGCAUUAAGGUGCCCGAAGUGUUGCAGAAAUACAUGCCCGACGAAUACCAAGUCGAAAUUCCAUUUGUUAAACCAGCUCCAAUUGAUGUGGAAGCGACGGGCAAGAAAGCGAAAAAAGCUAGCGGAAAGACAGACGUUGCUGCGUAGGGUAUAACGAUUCAUCGUAAUUUAUUUCCAUCUCUCUCAGCUUGUACGCUCUUCAGAUUUUAAUCAAUAAACUCAUUUGCCAGAAACAAAAA